AUGAUCGAUCAUGUUGAUCAGCUUCAUGAUACUGAUUUGGACCUUCCCGUUGCAGCUAGAGUCCCCAACAGCCAGACCAGAUUACAUAUUCUCCAGGACGUAGGGGUAAGACUGAAGACAAGGCUCCAGGACCUCGUUGAUGAGUACGAUGAGUACAUAAGACAAUGCACUCACAUUAUGGAUGGCCUAACUUUGGUAACACAGCUGGAACUGAAUAGUAUCGGCCGCAAGGACGCAAGGAUCAACCAGGAGAUAUCUCGAGUAAAUCUCGAGGUUGCGCAAAUGACACGUCUCGAUGGUAGUCUCUUGAAGUCUAUCGCCAUGCUGGGCAUGGUCUUUCUUCCUACUACCUUUGUCUUAAUAAGUUAG